AUGCAACAGCUCUGCACCUUCCUCACGCAAAAGCCUGCGCCCAACGCCAACGCGCGCAACGGUAGCUUGAUUGGGCUCGCAGGCAUGGGGAUUGCACUUGGUCAGGAAAUUGCCACGUACUUGGACCAAAUGAUCGGUCCUGUGCUCGCAUGCUUUAGUGAUGCUGACCCCAAGACGCGCUACUUUGCAUGCGAGAGCUUCUACAAUCUUGCAAAAGUGUGCAAGGGUGAGAUGCUUGUGUACUUUAACGAGAUUUUUGUCGUUCUUGCACGCCUCGCGGCUGACUCGGAGGUAUCGGUGAAGAAUGGCGCCGAACUGCUGGAUCGUCUCUUCAAGGACAUUGUCUGUGAGGCUGCGCCCCAUUACGUGUCCAUGUACCAGGACGUGUCUCAGCUCCGCGCGCGGCAGGACCGCGAUAUCGGCGUAGAGGGCGGCGAAAAUGAGCUGCAGGUCGCCCGUGAGAAGGCUGCGCAUGAACGAUAUACGAAAGCGAUGCAUCUCGAGCAUGACCGGCGGAGCACAUCCAUGAACAAGGCAUUUUCACUCGCUCGCUUCGUCCCAUUCCUCGCCGAACGCAUGCAGGUCGUGAGUCCGCUCACACGCAACUAUAUCGUGAGCUGGAUUGCCGUGCUCGAUUCUGUGCCGGAUCUCCAACUUGUCGCCUAUCUCAGUACCUUCCUCCCGCAUCUUUUUCAGUACCUGAGCGAUCCCAAUACAGACGUGCGUGUUGCAACGGCCGAGGUCCUGGCCAACUUUCUCCGCGAAAUUCGUGAAGCCGCCCAGCACCAGGAGCCGCCUCUCUCCGGCUCCAGGGAGGCGAGUCGUCUCUCUCAUGCUGCUAUGGACAAGAACGCGCCUUCACAUGUGUCCUCUGCAGCAUUGUCCGCCCCCUCCGCCUCGCCUGGAAGUGCGCCAUCACAGUCCAAUGCGCCAGUGUUGGCUUCUGCAUCCGACUCCGCGCCAGGCUCACCGUCUUCCACGACCUUCGGGCCUACGUCUGAUCCUGGAUCACAUGCAGGCCCCGUCUCUGACUCAGGGCCAGCGCCCACACGCGACUUGGAUGUUCACGCCAAUGACGACGAGCUAGUGUGGGUGAACGGUGGCCGCGUGCGCGUCGAGUACGAUGCCAUCCUGGAGAUCUUGCUUGAGCAAGUACAGAAUCAGGACGAGGAAAUCCAGGCGACGACUUUCGAAUGGAUCACCGAGUUCCUUCAUGUUGUGCCAUCGAUGGUCGUGCCGUUUGCGCCGCGGCUCAUAUCCGCGGUCCUGCCGUGCUUGGCGCAUCCAGCUCCUGCGAUCCAGUCUGCUGCGAUCAGGACGAACAAGCAGCUCUUCACGGCCGUGGAGCGGCUCUUGCCGAACGAGGAUGCGCCUGCAUCGAACGCUGCAGAAGGCAUUAGCAACCCCAGUGCCGUUGGUGGUGGUAUUGGCGGAGGACUGGACUAUUUUGCGACGACCCAUGCCCUCAAGCAACAUCUGCUGGACCAGCACGACCAGGCGCGCCUGAAUGCACUGGAGUGGCUCAUCAUGUUGCAUGCCAAAUGCCCAACGAAGCUCUUCUCCAUCCACGAUGGCAGUAUCUCUGUGCUGCUUCGUGCCUUGUCCGAUCCCAGUGAGGACGUGAUUACUAUGUGA